CGGUCUUAUCUCUGGCUCUGUUGAACCUACGGGAGAUGAAAGUCCAGGCGGGUGCCUGGAGUUGGAAGCAGCAGCCAGGGUGCGUCCCGGAGCCGCUGCCCUGCACCAUGGACAUUCUCGAGACGGACGCCCGCUACCGCCGGGACAUUGCAGCUGAUGCCAAGAGCCGCCGCCUCAAGCUGCUGCCGUUCCUGGCCUCCUGCGGCCUGUACUUCGCCCUGUGGCUGCCGGAGCCCAGCUGGGUCAGCGCCGGCGUCAAGAGCCUCCCGGUCCUGAGCCUGGUCUGGUUCCUGACGGCCCAGGCCUGGGGUGACGGUGCCUGCACCCCGGCCGCCCGCCGGGUCCGCUGGGGGCUGAUGUUCUCCAGCGUGGGAGACGCCUGCCUGGUCUGGCCCCAACUAUUCCUCCUAGGGAUGGUGGCCUUCGCUCUGGCUCACGUCUGCUACAUCUGGGCCCUGGGCCUGCGUCCCGCCCGCCCCUGGCUCCUGCUGCUGCUGGCGCUGGGCUGGGCCGGGGCCUACGCGACGCUGUGGCCCUGCCUGGGGGGCCCCUACGUGCCGGCCGUGGGGGGCUACAGUGCCCUGCUGGCGGCCAUGGCCUGGCGGGCCCUGGCCCGGCCUCCCCCCCACCUGGCCGUGGCCACCGGCUCCCUGCUCUUCAUGGCCUCUGACCUGGUCCUGGCCUGGGACCACUUCUGCGCCCCGGUGCCCCACGCCCGGCUCAUGGUCAUGGGCAGCUACUACGCGGCCCAGGGGCUGAUCGCAGCCUGGGCCCCCCGCGCCAGCCCCCGCUGGAAGGAGACCUGAGCCGGGCGCCUGUGACCUCUGACCCCAGGGGGCAGCCGGCAGGGGGCACCCACGA